AUGGAGAAGCUCAAGUCUUUAGUUCCCGAAACGUUAAAGCAAGCAAUCGCAGACAGCACAACUGACCAUGUUCCCAACACAUGUUCCUCCCUCCUCGACUUCCUUCUCCACUUUCCACUUUAUUGCCAGAUGAUUAAGGACCUGACUGACCCGGAAGUUGCUCUAUGCGGCAAGAAUAAAGAGGCUGCUUUGGAGAAUAAGCAGAAAGGGAAUGUGUGUUUCUUGAAAAGUGAUUAUACUAAUGCUUUGGAGUUCUAUACCCAGGCAUUAAGAGUUGCUCCAAUGGAUGCACAAGAACAGGACCGGAAUCUGGUUGCUACCUUGUUUGUGAAUCGGGCUGCUGUAUUGCAUAAAAUGGGGCUUGUGAAGGAGUGUGUAAGAGACUGUAACCGGGCGGUUCGGAUUUCCUCAAACUAUGCAAAGGCAUUUAGAAGAGGUAAGGCAAAUGCAUCUAUGGGGAAAUAUGAUGAUGCAAUACGUGACUUGGAUGUUGCAAAGAUUGUGGAGGCAUCAGUUGGUGGAAAGAAACAGAUUGAAAGUGAGAUGAAGAUAGUUUGGAGCAACAGUGUAGAACAGCAAUUUCUUGCGAUAAUGCUAAACUCUGGAUCCCUAUAUGAACCACACCAAAUGAAAUUACAAUGUGUCACCACACUUGAGAAAGGAAAGGGUUUGGCUUCCACAGUGGACAUUCUUCAAGUGUCCUUGGUCCAUACGGAAGACCCUUUUGCAAUGGUAUAA